UCCUUAAGAGUAUUAAAUAUUGCACAGUAAUGAAAGGGUUUUCUUUCUUUUCUGUCUGUUUUGUGUUGGAAACCUUUUGUUUGACCUCACGCACACAACUGCAUCUACUGUUCUCUGUCUCUCCUGCAGGAAGCAACGCACAGUCAGAGGUUGUUUGUGGCCUUGCACCGCUCAACAACAGGAUCGUAGGAGGCGUAGACGCCCCCCCAGGGGCCUGGCCCUGGCAGGCCAGUCUACACAGCAGCAACGGACACUUCUGCGGAGGCUCCCUGAUCAACAGCCAGUGGGUCCUGACUGCUGCUCACUGCUUCCCCAGAGGCGUCCCGUCAGGUUUUACCGUUUAUCUCGGACGAGCCAACCAACAAUCCCUAAACCCCAACGAGGUGUCCCGGUCGCUGUCCCGGCUCAUCCUAAACCCAAACUACAACUCCGACACAAUGGACAACGACAUCGCCUUGUUGCUCCUGUCCUACCCCGUCACCUUCACCAACUACAUCCGUCCGGUGUGUCUGGCGCCGGCCGACGGCACGUACCCGGCCGGGACCACCUGCUGGGUCACCGGAUGGGGAACCAUCUCCAGUAGCGGCGCUCCUCUUCCGUUCCCCCAGAGGCUGCAGGAGGUCAGCGUCCCCGUGGUGUCCAACGCGCAGUGUAACAGCGCUUACGGGUCAAUCACAAGCAACAUGAUCUGUGCCGGUCUGGCUGCGGGGGGGAAGGACUCCUGCCAGGGGGACUCUGGCGGCCCGUUGGUGACUAAAAGCGGAUCUCAGUGGAUCCAGAUCGGAGUGGUGAGCUUUGGAAUCGGCUGUGCUGAGCCCAACGUCCCGGGAGUCUACGCCCGAGUGUCCCAGUACAACUCCUGGAUCACCAGGACCACAUCGGGAAGCGCUCAUGUGGUUUCCCGCUCAGCUCCUCUGCUGCUGUCCUUCGUCCCCAUCCUCCUCUCCCUCGUCCUGGUCUAGUAGGAGACCUGGUUCCAUCCAC